GAGAGUUCCACGACAAUGCCCGCUUACUCGGGUCAAUUUCAUUGCUCAUGAUUGGGACAACAGCAACAGUCUGGGAUAUAAGUGUUUAUGAUUGCAUUUAUUAUUCCCUUUGACAAACGUCAUCCCAUAGGAGGUCGUUGGCUCUUGUGCCAAUUGCACCUCAGUACCAUAUCAUAUUAUAUCCAACUCUACAUCUUCAAAUCGCUUCUAAAAUUGCUAGAGCUCACCGUUGCCGAAAUUCAACACCAGAACGAGUGAGUGUGGACAGAGAAGCAAGAUGAACAGAUUCGGCCACCUAGUGGUUGAUUCCCUAAACGAUAGCCCGGCUUGGACCCCAUUUAACUAUGGGAAUGGGAAGCUGGGUGGUAAUGCCGGGAGACAAAUAUUCAUAGAUUCAAUCUAUUUUUCUUUUUUCCAUUUUUGCAUUUCAUUCUCGCUAGUAGCCACAACCCGUAGAUAAACACCACCUACUUCCACGCAGCG